AUGCCUUCACCAUCCGCUGUAUCUCUCUCGUAUUCUUGGCCUAAUGGCAAAUCUGUCGAUAAUACUCAAGUCGAUUCCUGGGAAUUGAAAGCCUCUCGUCGAGCACUCAAAAACCUAAAAACUCUGCUAGCUGGUCAGCCAAUGCUUGAUCUCAUCAAGAAUCAAAUAGACGAGGCUGACGCUUACUAUAAAGACAUUAUUGAAAAGUCGAAUGGCGAGUUUAAGGAAUCUCGUAUCGAUCUCAAAGCAAAGGGAAUCACAUUGACUCAAUUCAUGGCAUGGUGGAAAGUGUGGAUGGUAGAGUUACAACAGCCAGACAUUAAGCAACAAGUUUUUAUGGACACAAUGGUACCAGCUCACCCAGAACAUUAUGCGCUUCCUGCAAACAAGGGUGGCAUUGUCGAAACUAUUGGCGAGCACAUUGCGCGAGUUCAUAUUAGACCUUGCGCAAAUCCCCCAGACUUUGUCAAGGCCUAUGGUGAUCCUUCGUAUCAACAUCUCCCAGCCAUUGGCACUCUUGAAGACGGCAGUGUUCUGCUCUAUAUUUUACAAGAAAUCAAAGAUUCUGAAGAAGGCUGCGAUUUCCGCUUGAGGCUCUUGUUCCCUGCCGCUGCCCCUCAAGUAUUCUUUGACGAACAUGCUGAACAUCUUGCUAUUGAGUUUAGAAGCUUCAUCGAUACCGCAUUUAAAUGGAACCAAAAGCACUCUGCUUCUAAGGAUUGA